AUGCUCGAUAUCGUGGUCUUCAAUGUCGGCAUUUCGCAGCAGCUCUUUGACGUGCGUGCUUUUUCGGAUAAUCUGUCCAUCUUGUAUCAGGAGUCCACUGCCGACAUGCGGCUACUACAGGGACAGGAUGAUGAGGAUGGAGGGCUUCCGGGGACGAUGUUCUUCCGGGAGGCAGUGAAAAGGACGCCUUUGCUGAGUGAUAUGCGGAAGCAUGGUAUCAUUGAGGUGGAAAUCAUGGCUUUAACUGCGUUAUACCUACAGAUUACGGAUCAAAAGGAUGAUGCAUAUCUGCAUUCCAACACUGCUUUGCGACUGGCCAUCAGCCAUGGCAUGCACCGAGCAAACACAAGUCAGAACCUACGGCGGUCGGACAGCGUUCAUAGGAACAGGUUGUGGUGGUCAAUUUACAUGCAGGAAAGGAGGCUAUGCGCUGCAGGAGGAUUUCCCAUGUCCGUAGAAGACUACGCGAUAACCACAAAACCACCAUACGAGGUGCUGGGCUUCCCAUCUUCUACAGCGUUAGGCGUAAAUGUUCAAGCGGCAAGGACUGACUUCAUGACAGCGAUCUACUCGCAAAGGGAAGACCCCGAGGCGACCUUCAUCAACAACGUCCAAGAUAUCCUACACUCACUGUACGAAGUGGAGAAGACUAUGCCUCCAGAGUACUCAAUGGAGAUUAAGCCCUCGGGUUUGACCGUUGCAGGACGGAUCUUCAUGGAAGCAGCGACCACAGUAUCAAGAACUAGCUCCAGCUUGCAUAUCUCGGUCUACUCGGCUGUGAUCCAUACCGUUCGGCCAAUCUUGCUCUACAUGGCUCGAAAUAGUCGCGAUCCAGAGCGUGACGGCUCCCGUAGUGACGUCAGUCCGGCACUGGUACGCCUCGCUGAGAUAUGUGUCGAAACCGCAAGCAAGACCCUCGUUAUUCUACAAGAGCUCCAGAAGAGAGGUAUACUCGCAAAAAACGCAUCCCUCGAUCUAGAUGCGACAUUCUCCGUGGGCUAUGUAUUCGUCCUCGUUGAGGCCAUAGAUCCAGGCAACCUACUUGGGCACAAAGGCAUCGACGGGUCAAGGGCCAUUCUCAGGUAUCUCGUAGCCCUAGGUAAUCGAACUGCGGCCAGUCGCUUGGCGGAACUCGAUCAGAUGUGUACGCAUCUCGCUCUACCCGUCCACCAGUCUGGCGGCCAGACUCCCCAUCAGUCGUUCAUAGAUCUUCUGACGCAGAAGUUUUCGUAUUCGAGUGGGUACGGAAACGUUGAUGUGGCCCCGGAAGGACCAUCAGCCAUCGACGGUCCGGCAACACCGAGCGCUCAGGGACUAUCUAGAACCCAGGAGAACGUCGAGCCAGUAUCGGGAGCCCAUGAUCCAGAUGGUCAACACGACUUCGGCUUCAGUGGCGCCGAUUUGGCGAGCAUACCGCUGGAGGGCGAGGACAGCCUGUACUGGGUGUACCACACCCCAGGGUUCUCGUUCACUGGCGUCGAGCAGACGGAUUGGGAAGCGCUCGAAAACCAGAUUCCAUGGGGCAGCCAACAAUGA